GCCUUUAUGAAAAAUGCUCACACACAGACUUCCCACACGCCCAUUGCCUCUAUUUCUUUAUAUUUUCCCGAAACGUCUCUCAUCUUCUCAUCAUCUUCUUCUAUUUCUCUUUCUUUUUCUCUUGUCUUCAGAUAGAUCUGUUAUCAUAUUUUUGACUUUUAUUUUCUCUCUCUCUACUCUCUGUCUCUCUUGCUCGACUCUCUCUCACUACUCUAUGCCUCUCUCACACACUCGGCUCUCUCUCUCUCUCUCUUAAUGGCAGAUUCAUGGCAGAUCUGGUUGAUUUAGAUGCUGAGCUAGUGUGUUCUCCUCCAUGGCAGAGAUUCUAGGAACUUUUAGAAAAUUUUAAGGACAAAUUGGCAUCUCAGAACCCAUCAUUCGAAUGAUGUUGUUUUGUAGGUUAUCAUACUCUUUAACUGCUUGAAAGUACACUAUCCUUACCCACUUGUUAGUUGAUAAAGGAAUUAUGAAGAUUGAUAUAUAUGAUGAAAGUGAUGGAAGCACGCCAAGGCCAAAGGAAAAUGGUUGUUCUCUUAAGCCAGUUUCACCUGACGAGUCUGGUGAAGGUUUGCCUUAUGCUCCUGUGAAUUGGCCUAAUCCUGGUGAUACUUGGCGCUGGAAGGUGGGAAAGAGAGUUUCUGGAGCUGGGCACUAUCUGGAUAGGUACCUCUAUCUUCCAAAGAGCCUUCGCAACGCUGGUCUAACAACACGUAAGAAAUAUGGUUUUGCGAGCAAGCUUGCUGUUGAACGGUAUAUCCAAACAGCAUUUCCUGGUGCAAACAUCAAUGAAUUUUUUGCAUCAUUCUCCUGGAGGAUCCCAGCACAAAAGUCGUCGUUGGCAAAUGGUACUGCAAGGCUGAAGCAUGUGCCAUGUAUUCCGCCUUCUGAGGAAUCUGAUUCGCAGUCUGACACUGUAUGCUGUAAGGCCGGAAAUAAGAUGUGCAACAGUUUGUUGGAACAAUCAGAAAACCCACCUUUGGCAGUCAUGGAGUGUGAUAUUUGCUGCACUGAACCUAAGUUCUGUCGUGAUUGCUGUUGUAUUCUUUGUUGCAAGACUAUAAAUUCAUCAUAUGGAGGCUAUGAUUACAUUAGAUGUGAAGCAAUGAUGGAUGAGAGUUGUAUAUGUGGGCACGCUGCCCACAUUGAUUGUGCUCUGAGAUGUUACAUGGCUGGCACUGUGGGAGGAAGCAUUGGGUUGGAUUCUGAAUACUAUUGCAGACGCUGUGAUGCAAGGACAGAUCUGGUUUCACAUGUCACGAGGAUUUUACAUACAUGUGAAUCGCUUGAUUCUCGGGAUGACAUUGAGAAGAUUUUAAAUCUCGGUGUCUGCAUUUUGCGUGGUUCACAAAAAACCAGUGCAAACGAGGUGCUGAAACGUAUUGAAGUGGCCAUUGCAAAGCUCAAAUGUGGGACUUGUCUUGAAGAUAUUUGGAAAGAGGAAGACAAUAUUUCAGCUAUUUCUAUGGAUGUCUCUCAUCAUGGAAAUACUGCCCUGGAAGUUACAACAUGCCAAGAGCCCAUAGGUGUCAGAACAAGCUCGGAAGUAAUGUCUACAUCUUUUCAUUAUCGAACUGAGUCUCAAAAACUUGAGGUAGAGAUUGAUCAGGUUCUGCAGGCACUAAGAAAGUCACAGGAGUCUGAAUUUAGAAUGGCGGAGGAUAGCCUUCAUGCACAAAAGAACUAUCUUUGUAAUCUGUAUCAGCAACUUGAGAAGGAGAAGUCUGAUUUGGUACGGUGCACGUCACCUGACCCAGAUGCUUUACUGAGUACCGUAUUGAGCAGAGUGAAGCAGAUUAAAGGGGAAGUAAAAAAGCUCAAGGAUAUGGAAGAAGUGGCCAAUGGGUUUGGAAAGACUUCUAGAGCUAUCCUGAAGGAACACUUCAGUUUAGAAAUUGAGGAAUGAAGCAAACCCUUACUGGAUCAUGAUGGUUUAUUUUCAUCAUUUGUUCAUUAAAUUUUGGUCUUGAACUGGCUUCUUCAUGGUUUGAACUGAAUAGCCAUAUAAUUUUCUUGCGAUUGUGCUGUCACAGUUGUGUGAGGUUCAUAUAUGAGGACGCAGUUGUGUGAGGUUCAUAUAUGAGGAUCUGUAUCAGAAUGAGCCGGUCCUGGCAGAACAAAGGGAUGAAGACCCCGUUGAAGAACCAGAAAUCCUUAGUGGCUUAUUAAACAAAGUGAAUGAGAUAAGAUGUAAAGGUUGUGGCUCUGUCCUGAGUGAUCGAGAGAGAAUGACAGUGGAUGCUUAAGGAACCCUCCAUGCUGAGGUUUGUAUCCUAUCAGCUCUCAAAGAAUCUGUAUCUUCUUGCAGUGAACUGAUCAUUGUGUUUUUCGAUGAAAUGGCACAUGAGAAGUCAUUGCAAAUGCUACUAUGUUUAAAGCAUCAGGCAACUGUGUUCUAGCACUCAGCUUCCCAAUUUCCCUGAUUGGCAACUGUGUUUUUCUUUUUAUGUUUUUGUCAAGAUGGUUUGCCUGCCCGGGAAGUUGGAAAUUUUGGCCAUUAGAAAACAUUUUGGAUCGGAACUGCUUCUUUUUGUUAGUUCGU